CACAGCUAGCACACAACAUUGUACAGAAUGUGCUGACGAUAGUGAGCAAUAUGUUCCUGAUUGGGGUCGGAGCAGAGCUGGGUUUGACUGUAAUUGAUUUCUGCACUCUCUGUCUCGCUAAUGAUCCAGAUCUGGGCCUGCUGUCGGUGGUGCUGCUGAGCCUUUACCAGGUGGUGGAGCUCUCCAGGUACCAGGGUGAUGCUAUGGGGAUCACACCUCAGACCUUGUCAAGCGCCCUGGCAAGGGUCUUCCUGAAUAUUGCUGGAUACGUGAAGCAUCAUCCGAAAGAUAGCAUGAAGGUGCUAUCAAGUGUCAAGGAGCACAUGAGUGAACUUCUCAAGACAGUUUACUCUAGAGUCUCAUUGGAUGAGACGGUUGCGCAUGAAGUGAUGUCCACCAUCCUGGCCGCUGUGUUUGCGGAAAUGGACCACUCCAGUAAACAGAAUGACCUGGAGGAGGAGGCCACUCUCGCCACUCUGCCCCCGAUAUCAGCCUGGCUCCUGGACAUCCUGGCCAGGAAACUGCACCUCUUACAGGAAUUCACACAAGAGUUGAAAGCAAUUUGUGACACGGGCAUAGUAACAGACAUGUACAAAACUGAUGCCAUUCUUCAUCUAGUUUUGGCUGUAGCGCAUGAAAGAAAGAUUGAUUCAGCUGGCCUGAGGGGAAUCUUAGAUCAUAUAGACAGGCAGAUGCCCAGACUGCUGGCUGAAAUGUCGGAGGAAGAGACGGAGGAUAUUAAAUUGCUUAUUUGGGUAGUGACGGAAAAGCUGAAGAAAUGUGAAAGUGCUCUGGGACUGGCUCCUUCAUAAAUGUCCAGUCUGAUGAAAUAUUGUGUAGUCAGUUUAGCAGCAUUCUGGAAAAACUUAGCUUAAGGCAUAUGCAUUGAGUGUCCUCCCAGAUUGGCAUGUGCAGUCCUUGCAGACUUAACAGGGUUGAAAAUUAGUUUUUAGUGAGCCUGUGGCAACUGCAAAGGGUAAACUGGGGCACAUUUGUUUCGCAUUAAGACUAUUUUUGCCAGAAUGCGACUCUUAAAACAAUAAGUACUGCUGGACAAAAUUAUUCUGUAUUUGUUAAUUGUCAUUUGAUCUGUUAUUUUUGAUGUGUGAAUUACCCAAAAAAAAAACAA